AUGCGUGAGGUCAUUAGCAUCAACGUUGGUCAGGCUGGUUGCCAAAUCGCCAACUCCUGCUGGGAGCUUUACUGCCUCGAGCACGGUAUCCAGCCCGAUGGUUACCUCACAGAGGAGCGAAAGUCCCAAGACCCCGAUCAGGGUUUCAGCACUUUCUUUUCCGAGACUGGUCAGGGCAAGUAUGUCCCCCGCGCCAUCUACUGUGAUUUGGAGCCCAAUGUCGUCGACGAGGUCCGCACCGGUGCCUACCGCAACCUUUUCCACCCUGAGAUGAUGAUCACUGGCAAGGAGGAUGCCUCAAACAACUACGCUCGUGGUCACUACACUGUUGGAAAGGAGCUCAUCGACGGCGUCCUUGACAAGAUUCGCCGUGUUGCCGAUAACUGUGUUGGCCUUCAGGGCUUCCUCGUGUUCCACUCUUUCGGUGGUGGUACUGGUUCUGGUUUCGGUGCUCUCCUGAUGGAGCGCCUGUCGGUCGACUACGGCAAGAAGAGCAAGCUGGAGUUCUGUGUUUAUCCCGCGCCCCAGACUGCUACAUCCGUUGUCGAGCCAUACAACUCUAUCCUCACCACACACACCACCCUUGAGCACUCUGAUUGCUCUUUCAUGGUCGACAAUGAGGCCAUUUACGAUAUCUGCCGCCGAAACCUCGGCCUCGAGCGCCCUAACUACGAGAACCUCAACCGUCUUAUUGCUCAGGUCGUCUCUUCUAUUACUGCCUCUUUGCGAUUCGAUGGCUCCCUGAACGUCGACUUGAACGAAUUCCAGACCAACCUGGUUCCUUAUCCCAGAAUCCAUUUCCCUCUGGUCGCAUACGCCCCAGUCAUCUCCGCUGCUAAGGCUGCCCACGAAGCCAACUCCGUCCAAGAGAUGACAAUGUCUUGCUUCGAGCCUAACAACCAGAUGGUCAAGUGUGACCCCCGUCACGGCAAGUACAUGGCUACCUGUUUGCUAUACCGUGGUGACGUCGUUCCAAACGACGCCCAUGCUGCUGUUGCGACACUGAAGACCAAGCGAACUAUUCAGUUCGUCGAUUGGUGCCCCACUGGUUUCAAGCUCGGUAUCUGCUACCAGGCCCCCGAGAAUGUGCCUAACGGCGACCUCGCGAAGGUCAGCCGCGCUGUCUGCAUGCUCUCCAAUACUACCGCCAUCGCUGAGGCAUGGUCUUCACUUUCUCUCAAGUUCGAUCUCAUGCACUCCAAGCGUGCCUUCGUCCACUGGUACGUGGGUGAAGGUAUGGAGGAAGGCGAGUUCUCUGAGGCUCGUGAGGAUCUUGCUGCCCUGGAGCGCGAUUACGAGGAGGUCGCCACCGACUCCAUGGGUGAGGAGGAGCUCGAGGCUGAUAUGAGUUUCUUGCGGUCCAGCGUCUGCAGAGCUUGUCGCCGUUCGCAGCAGAUUCGCUUGCGUAGAGGCCUUGCGACGAGCAGCAAUCAGUCAUAUGACAACCGGGUGAGGCUCGUCGAGGUUGGGCCUCGGGACGGCCUGCAGAAUGAGAAGAAGGCAAUCCCGUUGGAGACCAAGAUUGAACUUAUCGAACGAUUGGCCCGAACUGGGGUUUCUACAAUUGAAGCCGGAUCCUUUGUUGCUCCAAAAUGGGUGCCUCAGAUGAGCAACUCCAGCGAAAUAUUACAGCAUAUCCUCAACGGGCGGGUUUCUUCUCCAGGUCCGAUCUCAUACUCCUUCCUAGCACCCAAUAGCAAGGGCCUUGAAUCUGCCGCCGAUAUCCUCAGUGCGAAUAGCGGAAAGUUUGCAACUCAGCUGGAGCCAGCAGCUGGAGCCGAGGCCGCCACCAAGCCAGCUGUUGAAGUCGCAGUCUUUGCUGCUGCUACCGAGAGUUUCACGCAGAAGAACCUCAAUUGUGAUAUAAAGACAUCGCUCGAACGAUUCAAGGAGGUGAUUAGGGAUUCCAAGGCUAUGGGUCUCAGAGUGCGCGCCUACAUUUCUGUAGUCUUAGGAUGCCCAUUCGAAGGGUUCGACGUUGAUCCUCACAAAGUGGCCGAGGUCGCUACAGACCUUCUGGAGGCUGGAGCAGAUGAGAUCUCACUCGGAGACACUACAGGAAUGGGUACGGCACCUCGAACGGGAGCUCUCCUCCAAUGCAUGUCUGCAGCUGGUAUUCGAACUGAGGAUAUUGCCAUGCACUUCCACGAUACAUACGGCCAAGCUUUAGUGAACACAGCUGUAUCCCUAGAGCAUGGCAUUCGGACAUUCGAUAGCAGUGUUGGUGGCCUGGGGGGCUGUCCUUAUAGCCCUGGCGCGACCGGUAACGUUUCAACGGAAAACAUGGUUUACUUCAUGGAGACUCUGGGCAUGGAUACUGGCAUUAAUCUGGAUGCCAUGUCUGACAUUGGAGAUUGGAUCACAAAGGAGUUGGGUAAGGAAAAUGGCAGCACCGUAGGCAAAGCAGUUCUUGGAGCUCGGACUCGAGCUAUGCAAAACGCAAAGGAAAGUUAA